CAUUAUCGGAAAACAAUAAAGGCGUAUGAUCUGCAUACAGCAACUAGAAAUGGCAACGGAUUAAUACACACAGCAUAGAGACAGAGGACGUGCGUCCAAGGGCACACCCUCACGUCCUCGCUGCUGUCACCGUGUCGCCGGAGUCCUACCUGUAAUCUCAGCGUUCACACCGUCUCCUCCACGGGGAAGAGCAGGCAAGAUCUCCAUCAGGGCAGGCCGGCAAGAUGCUGCAUUGCUAUCAUGAUUUGCGACUGGCGAGGCACAUUUGUAAGGCCGUACAUGAACUGCAGCAGGACAGACGUCGAUCCACGGUGAAAGCAGAGGCGUGCCGAUCGUGACGGGAGCACUAUAAUUGUCGCCGGUGGCCCAGGCGUAGAAAUAUCUCAAAACACCACGCUACCAUCAGACCCAUGGCUCUCGUCCCUCCGCUCCUCGUCGUGGCGGCGCUCCUGGCGCCGCCGCUCGGGAGCGGCGCCGGGAGACUGCACCCGGUCGUGCUCGUGCCGGGAUACGGGUCCAACCAGCUGGAGGCGAUGCUGACGGCGGGGUACGAGCCCUCGGCGCCCGCCUGCGCCGCCGCCGACGAGCAGGGGUGGUUCCAGCUGUGGCCGAACCACACGGCGACGCGCGACGCCAGCCAGGUCCCCUGCUUCGCGGACCAGAUGAGCCUCGUCUACGACACCGGCGCCGACGACUAUCGCGACGCCGACGGCGUGGCCACCCGCGUCCCGUUCUUCGGCUCCGCGCGCGCCCUCAUCGGGUGGGACCAGGUGGUGCGCCAGCUGGAGGGCAUGGGGUACCGCGACGGCGAGACCCUCCUCGCGGCGCCGUACGACUUCCGCUACGCCGUCGCGCCGCCGGGCCACCCGUCGGCGGUGGGCGGCCGUUACUUCCGCGACCUCGGUCGGCUCAUCCAGGCGAGCCGCCUCAGCCAGGGCCGCCCGGCCGUCGUGGUUGCGCACAGCUUCGGCUGCGCGCUCACGUACCAGUUCCUCCUCUCCCGCCCGCUCCCCUGGCGCCGCCGCUACGUGCACCACGUCGUCUUCCUGGGCUCCGCGCUCGGCGGGUUCGCGCCGGGGAUGCAGGUCCUCAGCGCCGGCAUGGACUACGGCCUGCCGGGCGUCUCGCGGCCGGCGAUGCUCCGGCUGGCGCGGAGCCAGCAGAGCGCCCUGUGGCGCCUGCCCACGCCGCUGGUGUUCGGUGACCGGCCGCUGGCGGUGACCGGCGGCGCGACCUACACGGCGCGCAACAUGUCGGGGUUCCUCGACGCGAUCGGGUUCCACGAAGGGGUGCGGCCGUACGAGACCCGGGUGCUGCCGAUGUGGGAGGCGCUGCCGGCGCCGAUGGUGCCCGUCACCAGCGUCAUCGGUGUCGGGGUCAGGACGCCCGAGACGUACGUGUUCGGAACGGACGGGUUCGAGGGGGAACCCGAGGUGGUGUACGGCGACGGCGACGGGGACAUCAAUUUGGUGAGCCUGGCGGCAAUAGAGGCCUGGGCCGGGGUGGAAGGGCAGGCCAUGGAGGUCGUCAGGCUCCCCGGCGUGCAUCACGCUGGCUUCUUCAGCGUCGAUUUCGCUGUCGAGAGGGUGGUUGAUGAGAUAUACAAGGCUGGAGGAAGCGUAGAACUCGAUCGGACAUCAUGAUGAACAAUUGUACUGCAAUAUAACUGGUGGCAGCUGAAAGUUGGUGUCUUCCUGGUGGUGAGAACAUCGGUUUGAGCAGAAAGUUCAUCGUGCUCGGGAAAUCGAGACCACAGGCUGUAGUGGCUCGUGCGCGUUUAUGUCGAACACUUAGAGCCAAUGAAAAGAAAAGUUGUAGCUAGUAUUGUACCUAUCCAAACGGCAAGUUUCGCAACAUUUCAUUAUUCUUAUUCCUUACGGUCACCUGCAGAAUUAGCUUUUGCUAUUCAGCAGGGCCUGGUCCAAUGGGCUACUUUGUUUAGAGUUGUUGGGCUAGUAUUUGCUCGGGCUAUUGUUGUGGGUAUGGGCCUAAUACUUCUGUCCACUUGGCCUUUUAACGGCCUAGCUA